AUGAGUGUGGAGGCGUACGGGCCGAGCUCUCAAACCCUCACCUUCCUGGACACCGAGGAAACGGAGCUGCUCGGAGCAGACACUCAGGGCUCCGAGUACGACUUCACCGACUUUACCCUCCCGAGCCAGACGCAAACGCAAGGCCAGACACAGAGCCAGCUGGACGGCCAGGUGAGCGCGUGUGUGUGUGUGGAGGUUUGUUAAUAUCACCAUAGAGCAGCAGCAUACUCACCCUGUUAGCAGGAGCUAGCUAGCCGACUCAGCGGUGCACGUUAGCCCGCUAUUAUUGGAUCUAGCUUUCUUUCUUAGCAGCAUUAACUUCUAAAGUAACAUUACUCGCCAUGAAGGGUUUGUUUUGAAGUUUACAGAGCAAACCAAAUGUAAUUUCUCUGCUGUAAUCAUCAAAUGUAGGAUUUAAGAUCGUUGUCAAUCUGUCAACUUUGUGUUAUCAGGGGUUUUUCCGCACUAGCUGCUAGCUGUUAGCAUUGAGUGAGUUUGGUGAAGCUUGUGUUGUGCUGCAGGUUAAUGGUCCUGAUGAGGGUCUGUUAAAUGGAGGUGUGGAGGACUCUGUGGCCAAAGCCAGCCAGCUGUUGGCCGAGCUCAACUUUGAGGAGGAUGAGGAGGACACAUACUACACCAAAGACCUGCCGGUGCACGCAUGCAGGUAAAUGCAGCAGACCAGCAGGGCCACGGCGUGAGGAAAAGUCUCUAUAAUGCAGAUUUCUUAGGCUAAACAUUAUAUUGAUAGUUCUUAUUGUUGUGUGUCUGUGACUUUAGAGAUACAAACCCUUGAAAAAUCCAUUGUUUCUUUCUUUCUUCUUUAUUAAUGUCAAACUUUAAGAACAACAACAACAAAAAACAACGAGAUACAAAAACAAAAUAAUACAAAUGUACACCAAACAACUGUACAUGUCAACGAUAAAUUUACACAACAUAUGUUUAUCAAAAUAAACAGUUUGAGAAGGAACAGAAUGAAGCAAAGAGCUUAUCUAGCAGGACUGGGCGAUUUGGUCAAAAAGAUGAUCACGAUAUACUUUGUCACAUUUUCUGAUCUCGAUUAUUAUCCCGAUAUUUUUUUAAAAACUGCAUCUGUACUUAAAACUUUACAAAAAUAGAUAAAUACUAUAUAAGACGUUAAAUAACUUUUCUUCUCAACAAUAACAUCUUUGGAGGAUGACUCAAAGUCAUGGCUGACAUCUAUUUUACUGCUCUCAGCUCCACCUUCAUCUAUUUUACUGCUCUCAGCUCCACCUUCGGUUACUCUGUUUACUUCUCUGACAACUUACAGAAGUGAGCAGGAAAAGCUCGACUCUGAUUGGCUGCUGUGAUGCACAUUUUCGCUUUGUUUGAUCAAGUAAAUAAGCUCGCAGCUGAUCACCGUGAUCAUUAAUCCCGUUCAUAUAAUGUCCAGUCCUAUUAUCUAGUCCUGCCCCUUCCUUGCAAAUUAGAGAUUUAAAAAAAAAAAUCUAUUUGUAUAAAUCACAAAGAUCUGUAUAAACACCUACAUAUUAUAUAUAAAGAUAUCUGCUUAACACUACAUAGGUAACUUAUUAUAAUUAUUUCUAUUUAUUUAUUUUUAAAAAUGGGAACAGUACAUAUUAAUGAGCAUUAACAUGUAAAUAUGUGGGACUAUAGCCAAAUGGCUGAUUUCCAUCCCCAGUCCCAUUGGCAGGUUGAUUAUUAAAUAUAAAAACAAUAAUGUUGAAAGUACGAACAACAUGACUAAGUCAGUAACACAAUACACUGACAGCAUACACAUAACAUACAUAAACAACGUACACACACCCAAAACUAAGUGACCAAUGGUAAGGGGACCAAAAAAAAAUAAAAGAGAAUUGUAAAGUGAUGAAGUGCUUAUUAAAGUGUCAUGUGCUAAAGGUGUUUAAAGUACCAUUUGCUACAGUACAGCUUGUUAAAGUGACAAGUGCAUAAGUGCGAAAUUACAUUAAAUUGCAUGAUGCCCAUAGCACAUCAUCAGAUGUGUGUCUAAAAUUGCACAUGGCUUGUAUACAUAAAUGUAUUCUGUAAACCCUUUAGUAACAAAUUUGUAUGAAUGAGAAUGUACGCCAGAACAAAUUAAGAGUGUUACCCCAAAGCAAUUAGCCAAUAAGACAUGAAAAACAAUUAUUUGCAUAUUAUAACAAUAAUCAGUGUUAUAAUAUUCAGAAUUAAUAUUAUUUCUAUGCAAUCAAGUGUAAUCAAUUAUAUCUAGUAUAAAACCAAAUUUUUGGUCUGUAUACUUAUAUGAAUCUUUUAAUACUUCUCUAUAAUUUGAUUUAAAUGUUUUUUAUGUUAACACCACAAACAGAAAUGCACAUACUUUUCAGAGUUGUAAUGACAAUCGGACACAUAAAUUUAUGUUGUUGAUUAUCUUAACUAGUAUUCUCUCCUUUUUCACAAGUUUAACUCAGUAACAAGCCAGCAGGGGUACUCAGUUUAGAUAUAUCUGUUUCAUUUAGGAGACAAAACUUUACAGCCACCUGUGGUAACAGUGAUCAUGAAAAUGAUUGAAACUUUUGGUUGGAAAAUGAGAAAGUCACGUGUGUUACAAUACACUAACUUCGUUAACAUUUUGCAUAUGCAUACUUUUAUCUUAAUUCAGCCAGUUGUUGGUUUAGCAUACCCUUACAAGGCAUAAUAAAAAUAAGAAGAAGAACUUUGUGGUUCCCUUAAGGGAAGUUCAAUUAAUUAUGCAGCUAUUUAGUUUCCAUUUCUUACACUGCGGUUGUUUUUUUACAGCUACUGUGGAAUCCAUGAUCCAGCGUGCGUGGUGUAUUGCAACACCAGCAAGAAGUGGUUCUGCAACGGACGUGGAAACACAUCUGGCAGGUGAGCUUUUGAGUUCUGGAGCUACUUUGGUAGAUCUAUGAGACAGAAUUUUCAAAACACAAUUUCAAAUUUGACCGUUCAUCUACACGAAGUGAAUGGACAUAUCUAUAAAGACAAAUAUAAAAUGCAGCAUCUACAGAAACUUUCAUUUAAGUCAUGCUGCUAUAUCAUAGUGUGGGCCUAUGCACUAUCCUGAUAUUUCUAAUCAACACUGUACAAGUAUACCACUCAAAAUGUAUAUUUUAAACAGUGAAGUCAUUCAAUUAUAGAGACUGUAAUGCGCUGUUAUGCUGACUCUCAGUUGAUUUAUUCAACCGUGUUAUUAGAGUGAAUUUCUAAUAAUUUACCCCAUUGUUUGUCUUCCAGUCACAUUGUAAACCACUUGGUGAGAGCCAAAUGCAAAGAGGUGACACUGCAUAAAGAUGGGCCGCUGGGUGAGACGGUGCUGGAAUGUUACAACUGCGGCUGUCGCAACGUCUUCCUCCUAGGCUUCAUCCCAGCCAAGGCUGAUUCUGUUGUGGUUCUGCUCUGCAGGUGAGUUUUCAUUGUUCUUUAUUUUUUAAUAUCAUUUAUUUGAUAGGGGCAGUACAAAUGACACUGUGCAAUAUGGCCUGUUACAAAUAAAAUGAAUAAAGUGAUGACUUAUUUGUAGAUAUUAUGGCCAUUUUUUGUUUCCAACUCUUGUUCAUAGUUGGACUUUUAGUAGAGUAAAAGAAAAAAAAAGAUCUUGAGAUUACUAUCAAUAACAUGCAUAUAAUCGCAGCUUUGGUGAAAGGUAAAGAAGACAAAAGGGUAAACAUUAGCGUUAAGGUGGCAGUAGCUCAGGAGGUAGAGUGGUCGUCCAAUAACCGGAAGGUUGGCGGUUCAAUUCCCCCCCCCCUAUUCAUAGUCUGUUUGUUGUGUCCUUGGGCAAGACACUUAACCCACCAAACUGGCAGCCACAUUUCCGUCAGUCAGCUGUGACUACUAAGAUAGUUUACCACCACCAAGGUGUGACUGUGUGGACGAAUGAAUGAUGUAUCCAAUGAAAAGCACUUUGAGGGUCUCUGAUAAAGCGUUAUAUGAAAUCUGAUGCAUUAUUAUUAUUAUUUUAAAUGACAGCAGAUAGUAAUAAAACAUGAUAGAAUAGCUGAAAAUCCCCACAUCUCUGAUUAUGCUUCAGCCAUCCUUUAACACUUUUGUUACCAAUUUUGUUUUGGUUGGUACUGGGUUCUACAUUUAACAGGCAUUUAUUGUGUAACAGUAAAAGACAGGCAUGAAAAAAAAACAUGGCUUGUGUGCACAGCUGUGGUGAAGAUUUCUUUUUACUUUUUUUGUAAAAUUUUAGUCGUGUUUGACAAAUUAGAGUUUGGAAUCUAGAAACACACUUAAAAAUUGAAAUUGAAAUUUCUUCUGUGACAUUGUGCUGUUUUUUUUCUGAAAGUUUUAUUUUAUAUGAAAAAUCACAAAGAAUUCUUUAUCAUUAUGAGCCACUUACAUAACCUGUUCAUAAUACUGAGCUGACAACCAGUCCCCCGGCAGCUUCACAUAGAUCAUUGAUAAGAAGGAUAAAAUUCAGCAGGUCUAGUUUUAGCCUUUGGGGAAUACAUCUUUUAUUUUUUCUUAAGAAGCAGAAAUUUGAAGUCAGUCAUUUACGUUGCUCUCUGAAUUUGAUUUGAGUUUUUUUUUCUUUUUGAACAGGUAGACUGCCCAGCAGUCAGUGACAACAACUCAAUUUUUAUAAUUUUUAUUUUUUUGCAGCAGGAUGAAAGUAUUCUCUUAAUAUUGAGCUGAACCUCAUUCUAACUGUGUGGCACAGCAGCUGUGUAUGCAAAUUCUUACUUUGAAAGGGGAAGUGUGGCGUGAACGUCUUGGUGGUUUCUUGAGUGUCAGCCUUCGUGUCAAAUGAGUUAUCACUCACGAUGAUGUAGACAGUGUACAGAUACAAGAUUAUCAACUAACCCAGAGAGACAAACACGUUUAACGAGCUUAUAAAGGCAACACAGCUAACACACAAGCUUGCUACACAUUUAUAAUAAUAACUUUAUUUGUAUAGCACUUUUAAAAACAGAAGUUUACAAAGUGCUUUGACAUAUAGUCAUAAAGCACAUGGAAAAAGACAGAUAAAAACAAAAAACUCAGUUAAAAUGGAAUUAAAGGCCAUUUUCAUGUCAUAAGGAACCCAGACAAUACAAGAACCAUGCAACAUAAAGUGAGACCAUGAGGACCAAAAUAAAAACAUAAAACAGUUAAGAAAAAAGAAAAUGCAAUUAAAAGGGGGGUCGAGAGCCGAAACAGGAUAGUAAAUAUAAAAGACAAUAUCAACAAUGACAAUAAAAUAACAGGUAAUACCGAUAAUAAUGGUAAUGAUAAAGUAGAGCAACAGAAAUGAGCGAGAGAUAAAGCAAUAAAGGGCCUAAAAGUUUAAUUAAGAAAAGAUUACAAGUAAAACAAAAGUUAAAAAGACAGUAAAGCCGAAAUAAGAUAGAGGUAAAAGAGAGGACAGAUAAAAGAUAAAAGACGGCAUCACAUAAAAGCAAGUAAAUAACGCUCAGUAACAGCUAAACUGUGUCAAUUAGCCACGGUUAAACAGUAAAAAAUAACUGAAAAACUUUUAAUUUGCUUUCUGGUACACUCAUGGUGUAAUCAUUAAAUUAGUUCUGUCUAACUUGAAAUAAAACUUUGGCAUUUCUGUAAUUUGUACUUCGCUACAUAUUCACAAAUGUGUUUUUGUAAUAGGAGGAGUUAUAAGCAGUUAUACGCUUCAUUACUAAAUAAUCAACAGCUUAUUUAAGAACACGAUCCACAGCAGAAUGGGAUGGCACUGUGUCAGAGAUGUGAACAGUCAGCUGUUUACUCUGCAGCAGGUGCUCGGGGAACUCCCUCUUGAUAUCCACAGAUUUGUAAUUAGAGCUUCCUGCUCUGUGGAACUAAUUUAACCCUUUCUGUAGUGACAUGGAGCAAAUAUGCAGCAUCACAAGUGAUGUUAAGGAAGGGAGAUAGAUAUUUUACCCUUUGCAACAGUACGCUUUCUGUGAAAUUGUUUAAAGUUUAGUUCCCGUCUGUAUGAACUUGAGAUACCGCCUGUCAGCAGGAACUCUCCCAAGAACAAGGAACACUUCAUUUAUUUACACUUUUUUAUUGAUCGAGGACAGCGGGAAGAACAGGAAACAGGGGAGCGAGCAGAGAGAACCACGCAGGAAAGGGGUGGGAUCAUAACCAGGCUGCCUGUGUGUGGGUAACCAGGAACCUUUAGAGGAACUCAUUUUUGAUAGCAAGAACCAGAAUCUAGAUCUAGUCCUGGUGUAAAUGAUCUACUCUUUGAAGGUGCAGGACUUUCCAGAGGUCCAAGGUGUUUGUGUGGCAGAGGCCUAAAGACUGAAUUUACAUAGAAAAAACAGGUCCUUCAUUUACAUAUGAAACACCAACCACUGUGUGGACACGUGCACACACUGAGAAGGGAGGAGGGAGGAUCACUCUGGAAUAUAUUCAGCUUUAACAGUAAAGAUUAUAUGAAUAGAGGACAGUUGGAGGUGUUAUGACAGUUUUGAGGAAAUGGAUCUUAUUUACAUCAGAAAAAAGGUGUGGAACUCACUCACAGACACCAGCUGAGCAGAGAGAGGGGAAGACAUGGAGAGGCAAAUGGCAGAUGUGUUAAUAAUCAAUAGAGUUUACCUUCUGCUAAUCUAUAUGAUUUAAAACUGUUUUUCCAUAUAGAUUAGCAGAAAUUCAAAGAACUAUCCAUGCAACUUCUUUAACAAAACGAUUAUUCUGGGAAUCGCGUCAUAGAUCGGACUUGAAUAAUCUUCAUGGGACUUGUGGCUGUGGUACAAAUGCAAAUUCCUGGUACUUUUGAUUGUAAUGCGCCUUUUAUAUCUCUGUGCAGGCAACCCUGUGCCAGCCAGAGCAGCCUCAAAGACAUCAACUGGGACAGCUCGCAGUGGCAGCCCCUGAUUCAGGAUCGCUGCUUCCUGUCCUGGCUGGUAAAAAUCCCAUCAGAGCAGGAGCAGCUGCGGGCUCGUCAGAUCACAGCCCAGCAGAUCAACAAGCUGGAGGAGCUGUGGAAGGUAUGUGGCUAAUAGGCUGGGAGGGUCAUACUGAGAGGUCUCAUAAACUUGACCAGGAGAGUGUGUCAGAGGCAGCUAAUUACCGGCAUUUUUAUCCACCUCUGUGGGUCUGGAUGUGUGUUGUAGCUUGUAUUGACAGUUGUUCUUAUUUUUCCAGGACAACCCCAGUGCCACCUUGGAAGACCUGGAGAAGCCAGGAGUGGAUGAGGAACCCCAACAUGUGCUGCUGCGCUAUGAGGACGCCUACCAGUACCAAAAUAUCUUUGGCCCGCUGGUCAAACUGGAGGCUGAUUAUGACAAAAAACUAAAGGAGUCUCAGGUACUUUAACGAAGAACUAAAUCAAGGGGCUCUUGGGUUGAAUUUCUUCUCCUUUUGAAUGUCUUGAGUUUUUAUUAAAUGAGCAACCGAAGGACAAGUUGUGAGGGAAUAAUUGUUCUUUUAUGGCUUCUCAUAUUUUACAGGAAUGAAGUCAUGCUGAAUGAAUCCUCUACCUCUAUAUUAACACAUUGUUUUAUUCUUCCUCUGCAGACCCAAGACAAUAUAACAGUCAGGUGGGACCUGGGUCUGAAUAAAAAGCGGAUUGCCUAUUUCACUCUGCCCAAGACGGAUUCAGGUGGUAAUUCCCAAAGCUUUAAUUCCUCCCAGUGGUUCUGUGGUGCAGAUAGAUUCCCUCCCCAUACCCAUUCAGACUUCAGAGUUGCACGCAACCUUCCCCACCCCUGCAUCUGUUGGCGACAUGUGUGCUUGGAUUUGUUUUUGCCUGUUGUUUUUAGUGGGGUCUUGUGCUAUUUUGUGCCUGCACGGUAUUGUAACCUUUGAUUCAUAAACAUUACCCAUCCUCCUUAGAUCAUUUAAAGAAAGUCUCUACCAGCGUGAAACAGUUUCUGAUUUGCGCUCCUGUAUUAACUGCAGACAUGAGGCUGAUGCAGGGAGAUGAAAUCUGCUUGCGGUACAAGGGAGACUUGGCGCCGCUGUGGAAAGGCAUCGGCCACGUCAUCAAAGUCCCCGACAGUAUCCUUUAUAAUUUUAUCAGUUGCAUCAAUUGCAGUGUAAUGACCUCAGAUCUGGUCUACUCGCACAUAAAAACAUGAAAGUCCCCCCCUCUGGAAGUAGACUUCUUUUAACUGCCUGUUUUUAAGACUACGGAGAUGAAAUCGCCAUUGAAUUGCGGAGCAGUGUCGGAGCACCUGUUGAAAUCCCCCACAACUUUCAAGUGGACUUCGUGUGGAAGUCUACUUCCUUUGACAGGUAUGAUGACAUGUUUCAAACUUAUUUUGUUCAUAGGAUGUACGUUUCUGUGUGUAAAUUGACGAUGCCUGUCAUUUUUAGAAGAAAGAUGUUGGAGUAAACUUUUUCCUGGUAGUAGUCAAAUGUUCGCAGAUGUUACAACUCAGUUUUAAGUGGCGGCGCUUGUGUUGUUGCAGGAUGCAGAGCGCCCUGAAGACAUUUGCCGUGGACGAGACCUCUGUGUCUGGAUACAUUUACCACAAACUGCUGGGUCACGAGGUAGAGGACGUCACCAUCAAGUGCCAGCUGCCAAAGCGCUUCACUGCCCAGGGGCUACCUGACCUCAAUCACUCUCAGGUCAGAUCUUACUCCAGCAGAGUGUCUCUGUUUCUUUAAUUUGAUUAAUUGGUUGAAAGUGAUGCAGGAAAAAGGGGAGUCACAGUAAAGUUUAAAUAACAACACUAAUGUGAGACUGGGCAAGAUAUGUCAGGUGUUUGUUGUUAUUCUUUUUUUAAUAGGAAAUCUCGAACUCAAGUAACGCAAAUCAAGUCGGUUACAUAGAACGCUGCUGGAUGUCUGUUUUCAUCACUUCACCUAAGCCGUGUUUUCUUGUUUGUUAUUUAUUUGUUUAGGUGUAUGCUGUGAAGACGGUCCUGCAGAGGCCCCUCAGUCUCAUCCAGGGUCCUCCUGGCACUGGGAAGACUGUCACCUCUGCCACUAUUGUGUACCACCUGUCUCGGCAAGGCAACGGGUAAGACACAGAGAGUUUUUAUCCUCUACACAUGAAAAAAAAAUUAUGUAAUGUUUGUAAUUUUUCUUGGUAACUUAUUUUAAAACUCACCACUUGUUCCCGCUCUCUUUUUUGUGUGUGUUUGCAGACCAGUCCUGGUUUGCGCCCCCAGUAACAUUGCUGUGGAUCAGCUGACUGAGAAGAUUGACAAGACUGGACUGAAGGUUGUUCGGCUGUGUGCCAAGAGCAGGGAGGCCAUCGAGUCGCCAGUGUCCUUCCUGGCUCUGCACAACCAGAUCAGUAACAUGGACAGGUCAGUGGCGUUUCACACAAGUUCAGCCAGGAGCAUGGCAAAGUGUUGCCUAAUUUUCUGGCCCUAUUGCUCAGUCAUGUCAACCUGAAUCCUUUCCAGAUCCCUCUGUCUCAUACUCACUGUUGUCAGGGGUAUUGGCACUUGCGUGGUAUUUUUCUUCUGACACCCAAGCUCCAGGUGAAAAGAGGAAUAAUAUCACAGGUUAGGCUCUGAAGUGUUUGUGCCAGCAGGGUUUUUGGAAGGUGAAUGACAGUGCUCUAUAUCAAAGAGGGGAGUGAAAGGAGACAUGCAAGACAAUGCUACUAACUGAGAUGAAAAGUGCAGGCGCAUGCUGUUCUAAAAACAGCACGAGACAUUGAUUGUAGUUUGGCUGAUGGUCAACAAAGGCAGACAGCUUACUCAGGCAGUUCAGGUCCUUUAAGCCUUGACUGAUUCAACUGGUGUCACAAUUUCCACUCUGUAAUUUACAUUCAGUAUGUAUCAUGGAGAAUAUCUCUGUUCAUUGUCAGCAAAAGUAACAGUUUUAAAACAAGGAGAAAAAUAUGCUCCUGAAAGUACCGUCUCAUACUGUUACUUCAUGUUCUGCAAGAUUACCGUUUGGUUCUGUGUGUGUUCUGUUGUAUGCGCACUCUGAUGUGUGUUUGCUUUCGUAGCAUGCCAGAGCUUCAGAAACUGCAGCAGCUGAAGGACGAGACCGGUGAGCUGUCAUCUGCUGACGAGAAACGCUACAGAGCUCUGAAACGCACGGCUGAGAGGGAGCUGCUCAUGGUGAGGAGGUUUUAAAAAUGCUAAAAUGUUACAUCUCAACGGUGAAACUGAAGAAGUUUUCGCAAUGAACGACUUUAUUUUUUAGUUGUAUCUGUGAAAAUCGGCAAUCAAGGAGAUGUGUCAGUGCUUCCUGUUUAGUGCAACAGUUUGUUUUAACUCUUGCAGAUCAAAACAUUCUGAUUGUGAUCAUGAUUCUGUAUGAUAACCGCUAUAAAUAGCUUUCUUUUCAUCGUUUUUCUUGUCUCUGCAUACUUCUCUUUAGAAAACAGGAAACACCUUUGUCAAAUACUCAACUUAAAGCACCCGAAAGGGCAACAUGUUUCACUUCUGUGUCUUGACUCCCACCUGCGUUUUGGGACAGUAAACGAUCUUCUCUUUUUUGUCCAGAAUGCUGAUGUUAUCUGCUGUACCUGUGUCGGGGCUGGUGACCCACGUCUGGCAAAGAUGCAGUUUCGCUCGAUCCUGAUUGAUGAGAGCACCCAGGCCACUGAGCCUGAGUGUAUGGUGCCUGUGGUGCUCGGGGCCAAGCAGGUACUAAUAUAUGCUCACAGUUAAUAAACAACUAUCCCUGAUGUGAUUAUUGAAAUAAUUUGUUUUGUUCAUCCGGGAACAAAAAUCUGCUUUGUGCACAGUGAAGCCAUUUUUCAUAUUUAUGUGACUUUUCUUCUGCCUUCUAGCUCAUUCUGGUUGGAGAUCACUGUCAGCUGGGUCCUGUGGUGAUGUGUAAGAAGGCAGCCAAAGCAGGUCUGUCCCAGUCCUUGUUUGAACGUCUGGUGGUCCUGGGGAUCCGACCAAUUCGUCUGCAGGUCCAGUACCGCAUGCAUCCGGCUCUCAGUGCCUUCCCCUCCAACAUCUUCUAUGAGGGCUCUCUGCAGAAUGGCGUCACUGCAGGUUUGUCAAGAUCAAGCACUCCUCUGUCUUGUUUGAGGGGUUGUUCUUUCAGAGUGCUCCUCACCAGCAUUUACUGUUGCUGGGUUACCAAAGUUGUCCCGCGACACUUGUUCUCCUCUUAAUAGUGACCAUUAGGUCUGUUUUACAAUGAAUAUUUGCAUCAGCAGCAGCUCUCGACCUGGAAAAUGUGCAUAAAAACAAAAAGUGUGGUCACUAUAUGAACCUCUGCCAUUGUUGUUGACAAAGACAUUUUUAGGAGUCCUGACCCUUGUUGACUCUGAUUGGCCAAUAAUCCAUCCAUCCAUUUUCUACCGCUUAUUCCGUUCCUGGGGUCGCGGGGGGGCUGGAGUCUAUCCCAGCAUCUUCGGGCGAAGGCAGGGGACGCUCUGGACAAGUCGCCAGUUCUUUGCAGGGCUGACAUAUAGAGACAAACAACCAUUCACCCUCACAUUCACACCUACAGGCAAUUUGAAAGUGGCCAAUUAACCUAACCCUGUUUUUAAGAUGUGGGAGGAAACCAGAGUACCCGGAGUAAACCCACGCAGACACAGGGAGAACAUGCAAACUCCACACAGAAACGCCCUGAGCCGGAUUCGAACUCAGGACCUUCUUGCUGUGAGGCGACAGUGCUAACCACGACUCCACUGUGCUGCCCUUGGCCAGUAAUCAAGAAAAUGAAAUUAAUGAGCGCAGCCAUGUUCUAUGAAGUUCGACUGUUUUCAUCUCGGAGUGUAGCAACAUAAAAGAACUGACUGAGGGCUCAAAAUGCUCUGCUGCACAUGGUUUUCAUAGAAAAUAAGUGCAAAAAAAACUCAGCAUGUGACAGCUUGUGAUCAAGAAGUAAAUUUAUUCUCAGUGUCGCUGAAACAGCAGCUUGUAAACUCUAUCCCAAACUUAUUGAAUCGAGAGAAUAUCAAUUUUAUUUUUCUUCACAGCUGAUCGGAUCAAGAAAGGCUUCGACUUCCAGUGGCCUCAGCCCGAGAAGCCCAUGUUCUUCUACGUUACACAGGGCCAGGAGGAAAUUGCCAGCUCUGGAACCUCUUACCUGAACAGGUAACAUCAGACUGAUCGUGGGCAUCUGUAUAGUUUAUCUCACAACCCUUAGUAAUUUGAAUAUAUGCAAAGUGGGUUAAAUGCUGUUGACUGGAAAGCGCACUCUUCACUUUAGGUUUGAAAGCUAACCUGUUGGAGCUGGUUGAAUUAGCUGUCAGAGGAGAGAGGAGGAGGCUUCAACUAGCAAGUUUACAUAAAUGAGCUAAUUGACUGAUUUUGUUUUCAAGAACUGAGGCUGCCAAUGUGGAGAAGAUCACCACCAGGCUGCUGAAGGCUGGAGCCAAACCUGACCAGAUCGGCAUCAUCACCCCGUAUGAGGGUCAGCGCUCAUACUUGGUCCAGUACAUGCAGUUCAGUGGCUCCCUGCACACCAAACUCUAUCAGGUACUUCUGCAUGAUCACAGAGGUACAGGUUUUGUUAUGAUUACUCAAAGGACAUAAUAACAAAGUGAGUUAAUUCUUACUAAGGUUACUAAGGUUCUAAGGUUUCUCCGUCAUGUUGGAUCAAACCUGGUUUUCUCUUUGUGCUCUGAAAUGACCUGUUUUCCCUGUCCCACCCUAGCAAGUAGAAAUCGCCAGCGUGGAUGCCUUCCAGGGCAGAGAGAAGGACUUCAUCAUCCUGUCAUGCGUCCGUGCCAAUGAGCACCAGGGCAUCGGCUUCCUGAAUGACCCGCGCCGUCUCAAUGUGGCGUUGACCAGAGCCAAGUAAGAAACUACAUAUUAAUGUCGUUAGAGCAUCAAAGAGCCAGCUCAGUACCUUCUGACAAGCUUUUGAUCAUUUUACGUAACGUGGUACCAAAACAAGAAUUUCUGCCAGCCCUGACCAGCAGUCUUGCGUGUUUUUCGAUGAAGGUAUGGUGUCAUCAUCGUGGGCAACCCCAAAGCCCUCUCUAAGCAGCCUCUGUGGAACAAUCUGCUGAACAACUACAAGGAGCAAAAGGUUCUGGUGGAGGGACCCCUGAACAACCUGAGGGAGAGCUUGAUGCAGUUCAGUAAGCCUCGCAAGCUCGUCAACACCAUCAACCCCGUAAGUACAAGAAGAAACUAUAUGUGCACCGAUCAAAGUCUAAGGGCAAAAUAAUGAGCCAGUAAGGUACGAGAUUGGUAAAGUAAACCUAUUUCUACAAAUCAAAGUGAAUUCUGUAUCAGUGUAGAAAUAAUCCAUGCUUAAAAUUUUAGAAAUGUGCUGAUAUUUUCUCUGUUAAAGAUAUCUUGAUGAGCUGAGGGGGACUUGAUUUGUUGUUGUUUUUACUCCUUCGUCUGAAGAACUGUCUGAUUUAUCAAGCUGAAGGUCUAAUUUUCUGGAGUGUGUGACUGUUGAGGACAGUGAUGGUCUCGUGUUUUCCAGGGGGGACGUUUUAUGAGCACUGCUAUGUACGACGCGCGUGAGGCCCUCAUCCCUGGCUCUGCCUACGAUCGCAGUAAUGCUGGUAUUUAUCUGAUUCAUUGUGGCUUGAAAAAACCUAUACACAGCAUUUGGGCUCCAUAAGUGUUUGGUCACAUGUUCUUUAUAGAAAUAAAAAUGCCUGAACCUUUAUUGGUGGAUUUUCUCUCAGCAGGUCGUCCGUCCAACAUGUACUUUCAAACCCAUGACCAGAUUGGGAUGAUUGGGGCGGGCCCGGGUCACAUGGCUGCCAUGAAUAUUCCCAUACCAUUCAACCUGGUGAUGCCACCGAUGCCUCCACCGAGUUACCUGGGUCAGACUAACGGCCCUGCUGCAGGUACGGCACACUGCAGAGACUCUCCUCUGUGCUGCUACAUGAAUCUUUGAGAUUAUUUAGUUUCAUUCGGUAAGUGGUUCAAACGUUUUUCCUCUUUUUCUGCGAAGGCCGUGGAGCGAUGAAGGGUAAACCUGGGCGCGGUGGGCGGCAGAGGGUCCGCAACAGCCAGGGUCCCAGUCAGGGCAAUGGACCAAACAGCCAGGCCAGUCAGGAUGGGGCCUCUCAGUCCUUCUCCCAGGGGCCCCUGACACAGGGCUACAUAUCCAUGAGCCAGCCUUCUCAGAUGAGCCAGCCUGGCCUGUCCCAGCCAGAGCUGUCCCAGGUAACCCCCAGUGAAAGACGCCAUGGAGUUACAUGUUCUCUUGUAACAGUCACUUAUUUAACCCUUAGAACUCCCAGCUGUAUUUUGCUACCUUUGGUCCGCCUGUUUUUUUUUUUUUUUUUUUUUUUUUGGUAAAAAUCUAUGUAGCAACUCUGUCCAUUCAAGCACAACAAAUAUAUACACAUCUUUUUUUCAGGACACCCUCAGCUGUCAGUUUAUGGGUGCAAUAACUGUGUAAUAAUCAAUGUGACGGUAAAUUCAGAACCAUCAAAGUCAAUCGAAAAUCAGAAAUUGAUACCAACGCUACUUUGAUCAAAAAACACAUAAAUCUACAGUGACCAAGCCUUUUCUCACCUGCACACCGUUCUGUUAAGUCUUGGCUGUCAGGAUAAGAAAUAUUGGAAUUGGAACAAACACACAACAGAAACUAUUGACAUAUUUAUACUAACUCUUCCAGGCGUUUUUUUGCUAUUUACAGUCGUAGAAGAAGAAUAUGAGACCAUGUAAUUGGUCGAAAGUUCAACAGAAAAAGACGUCAUCAAAACAGCUUGUCAAACCCGGAAGACAUUAUCGGCAUUUAGUGAUAGCAAUCCUUUUUUAUCAUGACAAUAUGAUAAAUAAUCAUGUUUUCACCGAUACAUCUUUGCGGAUUUACCAUCAAACACCUAUUUUUGUGGCUGGAUUGUAAAGCUUAUUGGAGGUGUAGAAAUGCCUGGAAACCCUCGAUAGAUCGCUGAAAGGGUAAGCUUUUGAAAACUUUUUUUCCCCACAGAGAUACACGGUAUUGUUUUAGAGAAACUGUAAACAAUAUUAAUGGUGUCACGUGGGAUUGGCGAUCCAGCGGAGUUCUAAGUGUUAAUGACUUGAAUUGAGCAAAUCCAACAAUAAAAGGAAGGACUGUCAUUGGCUAUUUCUCUGAGAGUCACUGAAAAGCUCAUAAAGGUGUGGCUGUAAUUCUGCCUCUCUCCUCAUGUUCUCCAGGACAGCUACCUGGGUGAUGAGUUCAAGUCCCAGAUUGACGUGGCUUUGUCCCAGGACUCGACUUACCAGGGGGAACGUGCAUACCAACAUGGUGGGGUGACUGGACUGUCACAGUAUUAG